AUGUUUGCUUUUGACGGGCAUCGAUCAUUGGCUCCAAUCGAUGGGAAUAAGAAACCAUUGACUCCCAUUAGUGGGAGUCAACCACCAGCUCCAAUCGUUGGGACCAAACCAUCCGCUCCCAUCUUUGGGACCAAGAAGAAACCCGCUGCCGGGCUGUCGCAGAGUUCAUUCAAUCGGAAUAUCAAGGAGCUCUACCCGGCCAAAGGCCAGUCCUACGAGAAAGAUCAAGAGACUGGCAAGUUAUACCUGGGCCCUCCAGGGCCAUCCUACAACUACAACCAGUGGAAACACUACGACAAAUGA